UUUGUGGAGUGGAGGAGCAAUUCCCCAGUCAGAUAUCGACGAGAUGAGCACGGGCGAGCGUUUUCCGUGCGGAAAAUUGUCGGAGUGGCACAGUCUUCGAGGAGAGUGGCUAGCGACGAGCUAAGAAACCGUCGCUUCUUCCGAACCAGGGCCAAGCAGUGUCCCGGGAGUUUGUUCGCCGUGAUGUUGUUGCUCUAGCCGUGGCCUGGCUUUUCCCUGAGUGGCCGAGCGGUUUCUGUGAACUGGAAAGUGGUUUAGUGGUUUUUGCUGCUUCCGACUGCUCCGAUUGCACUGUUUCGUCGCAUUUUCCAGCUAAAUCGACCAUUUUCCGGUUGCUCCCAUUGUGCCCGUAGUACAACGGCCGGUUUGCGUCCGGAGACAAUCCUCAGACUGCGUCCGAUUGUGGUGCGUUUUGUGCAGUGUCGGUUGUAGAGUGUGCAGCGCGGCUGCAGUGAAAAUUACGGUAAAGUUUGUGCAUUGUGCGUACUGAGUGCCGUGCUAGUGGGGCCAAGACGCGACUGCAUCCAUGGGUGUGUGUGGAUGUGCUGCGGCGGUGAUGUAAUUUCGGAACAUGUUGGAGUGAAGCUGUUUCGAGAGGCGAGUUAUGAAGUUGUGAAUUGAUGUAAACACGUCGAGCAGCUGAACUGAUAGAAGGUAUUAUAUCACCUCCCUAGCACUGGGUCGUUAUAACUGGACGGUAUGUAACCGAGUGCCCACAAAAUUGUUCAUGUUCAACAGUAAACAGGUCGACAAACUCUAUAUCCGGCAUUAGAGCUAAUAGUUUUCUUCCAAGACGGUAUCAAGAGCCCAACUGGCUUCUGUGGCGACAACUUUGAACGAUUGCUGGCUGACUCCAUUGUUGGGGAGCGCCGUGAGUAUCUUUUGUGUUCACGUCAAGAAGUCACAGUCAUCAUCGACCAAGUUUUCGGACCCUAGAGGAGUUCACAGCCAGCGGCUCCCCCGGCUACCUAGCCCCAACCAGUUGGCGGAAGUUUUAUAUGUGACCUCGACGUGGAAUAAUUUCUGCUUUGCGGUUUUAAAUUAGUGUCCGGUGAAAAAAUCGAGUGGAUCUAGUCCGUCUAUCUGUUUCGAGUGAGCAGGAAAAGUUGUGUGUGCUCAAUCAGAAUUAAAUCUUUUCAUUGUUUAUAAAUUGGUGUUGUUGGCCGCGAACCCAAAAGAUAGGAAUUGAGUUGUGGCGUAAGCUGUGUGCUUGGCAAGGAGGAGGUACGCUAGCGGAUAGCAGCUUUUGUUGAUGUUCCCCUCGUGAGUUAUUGAAGAAUAUAUUUAACGAUGACUUCUGAUCAGAGGUGUAGUUCCAUAGUUUGUUAAGUGUUUAUGUUUUGAACCUUGUUAAUGAAGAAUGCCUCCAUCGAAAAAGUGUUCGUUACGUAAAUGAUGCUCCUACCAUCAGGGCAUACUGCAGGAAAUGACUCGUCGCCUGUAGGAUUGGGUCCUGAAGGAGGACCGAAUUGCUGGGAUCUUAGCCGGCAUCUUGAUGUUCUACAGGAUACGCUUAAAGAUGGCUGGACAGUUCAUACAGGGAAAGAUGGGCGAUUAUACUACUGCAAUCACAUAACACGGACUGCCGGCUGGCUACCGCCUGCGGAAAAUUGGCCCCAAAACAUUGAAUUACCAUACGGUUGGGAGAAGGCCGUCGAUCCCAAAGGUCGGUCAUAUUUUAUAAACCACCUUAAUAAAACCACCACGUACGAGGCACCAGACUGGGUACGAUGGGACGAUACGCCCCCCGAGCCUCGGGUCGUCGUUCUUCAGCGCAGCCCCACUGUCGGAUUUGGUUUCGUCGCGGGAAGUGAACGACCCGUAAUCGUGAGAUUUGUUACGGAAGGCGGCCCAAGCGUCAAUAAGCUCCAAGCAGGUGACCAUAUAUUAGCGGUAAAUGGUGAAGAUGUAAAGGAUGCACCACGUGAUCAUGUCAUCCAGCUUGUACGAUCCUGUGAAUCACAAGUGACACUUUUAGUAUGUCAGCCAGCAAGCAACUUGGGGGCGGGUCGAAAGUCAACUUUGCUUUCGGCAGGAAAACGAGCAAAACUUCGUACACGGCCUAGUAGAGUGAGAUUUGCUGAGAGUGUUUGUGUCAAUGGCGCCCCUUUAUUUCCGCCAUCAGCAUUCUCGCUUGGUGAUUUGUGUGUUCCGCCAAUGGCUAAUGUACUGAAAGUGUUCCUGGAAAAUGGUCAGACGAAAUCCUUUAAGUACGACGCCACGACGAAAGUACAGGACGUCGUUUCCUCGCUACGUGAUAAACUUUGCAUAAGUGCUGUCGAACAUUUUAGUCUGGUCCUCGAACACGUGAAGAGUCUAAAAAGAAACAAAUUGACUUUAUUAGAUGCGGAUGAAACGCUUGCAAGGAUAGCAGCUCGUCCUGGUGCUCAUAAACUUCGUUGCCUUUUUCGAGUAACCUUUGUUCCUGUGUCUGCAGCAGAACUCGCUCAAAGGGACCUCAACUCCUUAGAUUACUUGUACAUGCAAUGCUGUAACGAUGUCACCCAAGAGCGCUUCGCACCUGAACUCCAGCCUGAUGUGGCCCUUAGGCUCGCUGCACUACACAUUCAUCAACACGCUCUCGCCAAUAAUGUGUCGCCUGCUAAACUGACGGUUAAAGUUGUCGAGCGGGAAUUCGGACUUGAACGUUUUGUGCCGUCAUCCCUGAUUGAAGGGAUGAAGCGUAAGGAACUUAGACGGUUAAUUGCACACUUCCUGAAAUUGAACUCUCAAAUGACGGGGUCUUCGACUAAAAUGCUUACGCAACUACAGGCAAAAAUCCACUACCUCGACAUCAUAUCAGGCCUCCCCAGCUAUGGAGCCAAGUGUUUCAGCACGAAUCAAAGGGAUGGUGUGGAGCGAGUGCUUUUAAUUAGCCCCCGGUUCGGCCUCAGUCAAAUAACAGGCAUACGAAAUUCAGUGCCGCAACCGAUCUCCACACUACAAGAUCUAAUUAGAGUGAGUGUCCACCGAGAGGAUGAUAUUACAAAAUCCGUAACAGUGCAAAUGCACAAUGAACGCGUCAUUAAAUUCAUAAUGGAAGACCGCGACGCUUGUGAAUUCGCGCUGGUUCUCGCCGGCUACUACAGACUUCUCACAGGAAAAGAGCUCGUAGUUGAUCGAGAACAAGAAACACUUGAAGAAGAGGACAAUUCACCACCGUUCCUUGCGGAGCACACAGUUCUACCAGCAACAUGGAGUUACCUUCUACCGUACCAUAACCGAGCGCAUACCAUGAACUUCUUAAUGCCGCCGACAUAUCAGUCCAUCGAGUCGAUAACUUCAGGCAAGAUUGACAAAGGAGGCGACAACAACUGCGAUCGCAACAUGAACACAAACACUAUGCCAAAUCAUAAUCAUAAGCUCAUGAAUUGCGAUGAUGAAUUCGGGUACGACGCGCAUAGUGUGAUGGCCAUGGAGCUCCUCGAAAACGCAAAGGAUAACACAAGCACCAUUUUGAAUGGUGUCAUUGAGGCGCGAAAUGAAGAGGUUCUGCGCCGAGUCGCGGAAAUGCAGCGAAUGGUGGAGAGCUCGGAGCAAUAUUUAAAUGAGCAUGGGGAGCUCAUCCACGAGUAUGAAAUGAAGAGCAACUGCCGGCAGCCCUGGAGUAGCACAUCUGUAGACUUAGAUAGCGAUUGCGAGAGUUUGAAUAGCAGCAAGGUUUCAUCUAAUGAAGACGCCCCGCCUCCAGGCGCAUUAAAGCAUAGCGACUCACUAGUUCUGCUGGCAGAAGCCAUAAGUCAGGACCUCAGUGGCAUCACGAAAGGACUAAACUCGAUCAAUACAAAUUUAUCAAAUGAACCAGAUUCCAAUAGUGAUAAAGUGAAUGCUUCAAAUGCACAAAAAGUCAAUGAAGGAGCGCAGCGAAAGGUGAACGGACUGAGCCAGCUUCUCAGUGACUUGCAGUCUCUCGGCCAGGAUUAUUCCCAAAGCGAGUCAGAUUCAGAAUCAGUCCAUACCCCAAGCACAUCACCAACCCAAAGACGUGCCACAGAUCGUCAGAGCGAUGGUCGUAGACAAAGAAAUAAUGCCAUCAGAACUAGUUUUGGACUGCACAGUCCAGAUAGUGCAGUGUUGGUAGGACCAGCAGACUCUAGGGAACACAAUUUGAAAGAAUAUCUAAGACAACUGAAAGAGCUUAGCAGCGUCAAGGACGCGGAAGAACAAGAAAACGAUUUAGAUGCAGCGAAAAAACUGUCCGAAAUGUAUGGUUUCGAAAUUGAUGAGAAUACAAUAAUUGAGACUGACCCUGACUUGAUUGAUUUACGUGCAUUGCCGCCACCCCCAACCCCCGAUGAACUCGAUGCCUUAUCGCUUCUCAAUGCAGCACCCAGAGGAUUCGAUGACAGUGCUAAAAGCGGGGCUGACGAUGGCGACUUAGACAAGUUUCUAGCUAAAGUAAUUGUAGCACCUCCGACGCAAAAAGCAACUCCAGCUAAAGAAUUAACGCCGGAAGAAAUUAUGUCUUUCAUAAUUCCUCCACCCCCUAGUCUUGAAAACGCUGAGAAGAACAAAGACGCAAAAUCAUCCAAAUCAAGCAGCGCAACUAGUUAUAAGCAAAAUGUUGAAGAGAAUCUCUAUAGCAAUUCCAGUAAUAAUUCCAAAAUAGCCCAUAGCAAUCAGGAUGCAUUCCAAAGUAAAAAUAUUACCGGCCCGCACGUCAUAGACUACUCAACAGUUGAGCGAAAAGGAGCUUUCUCAUGCUGUCCCAAAACAGUCCCGAAAAAAGAAGAUCCGGUGCUGCCAUCGAUCGCACCAGAACCAAUCGAACUGAAACUUCCGCCAAGAAAGUGUCCACAAAGUAAUAAUACCAACCCUCCCGCACGUCCUCCGAAGAGCAUAGAAUUACAGAAUAAAAUCAAUUCGCCGACAAAUAAGAACCCAUACAGCCCUACCAAUUCAAGACUAGCAAACAAUAUUCACAGUCCCGCUACACCGCCUACGCUACCACCUAGGUCCGAAGACGGUCGACCCGUUGUACUGGUUCCGCCAAAAAAAUAUCCACCUAUCGCUGCUAGACCCGUUCUUCGAGUUGCACAACCCCCUGUAAAGCCCGUAGGAGAACCAGCCUCAUCUCCCGUCCGAGUUGCUGGAAUCGGUUCCCCACAUCUUCAUAGAAACCUAAGUAUUUAUCGUGAUAUCGACAACGCAUUCACUUCUUCGACUUCACCUGCUGCACCUGUACCCUUACCACGCUCAAAUGGCCAUGCUCGUUCAAACAGUGAUUGUCCGCCAGUUUGUCUGAAAAACCCUAGUCAAGAGCAACGACCGCAACUAAGUUUGCUAUGCUCUCCUCAAUUUGCGCGCAAGAACUCAGCUCCAGCCAAUACCGAAGAAAUCAUCAAUAAUAGUCAAAACAAUGGAUUUAACGUCCUGAACGGCGAAGCUUUACUAGCAAAAACCGAUGUAGCGAUGGCUGGCCUUUUGGUUAAGCUAGAUCAAGUCGCUGCACAGUGCUCAGCAGCUCACACGGCCGGCGGGGGAGCCAACAUUGAUGAGGCUAAGUUCCAAAGAGCUCGUGACGAGCUCACCGAACAGGCAUUGACGCUAGUAACGUCGUCCAAGUUACUUGUCGUUGCAAUGUCUGAUGCAACCCUUUCUUCCCUUCCGGAACAUUUGACCUCAUGCCUGACAUCACUUCGACGCAUCACAGAGCUCACACAGGACAUGACUCGUCACACAUCGUCGCCUCUACAGACACGAAAUAUUGUUUUGAAAGUUCACGAUGUUGCUUCCAGUUUUCGAGAAUUGGCUGGUGUUCAAGUUGGACCAUUGGGAGCUGGACAGCUGGCGCUUCAGGCGGAAUGUUUGGCGAAUGUUUUAGCAACGCUGUUACGUAGUCUUAGAGUUUUUUCGCCAUAAUUCUGGAAUCAAUACCAUUUGAGACCAUUAGGUAGUCCAAAAAAUAAAUGUCUUCAACGUCGUCUGUGCUCUGGUUAAUGCUCCAGAAAACGGUGUAUUUGCUUAAAACCGAAAUUUUGAUUUAUAAUCUAAUUAUAUAGAAAAUAUUAAAAGGAACAAUAACUGUCUAGUUAGGCCCCAAAGUAAUUAUAGUUAAAAAAAAACCCAAAAAUACUAUUUGAAGGCGCCGAAUCGGAUGUACUGGGCUACUCUCGUAUAAUUUUUGGUAAUACGGGAAUUGUUAACGGCUGAAAUAGCGACGUUAAUUUAGAUUGGCAACGAGUUAAAACUGCUUCCUUCUAGGCUCGGCAGGCAUUUAUUUCCGUUGCAGAUACUGUGUUUCGGGAAUCGGUUUAUCUUCUCUCUAACCCGACUUUUUUCAAAGAAAUUCCCUCGCGCUGCGGUAAAAGGAGACAAUUUGUUUCUAUAAAAUCAAUAUCUUCGAAGGACGCAAGCCUUGUUAACUGAAACAGGAGAUUAAUUCUGUUGCUUGUUAGUUUUGAAACCAGGGAUAGCAAGUUUUUGGAUGAAGGCCGGCAAUGAGCGGAUUAACAUUCCCAACUUUUGCAAAUUGCCCGACUAAGUUCUAAUUCAGAUGGAGCGCUAAUCGAUCACUCUAAGCUAUACGAAAUACUAUCUUUCCCAUAAGCGGAAUUCAAAAUGAAGCAAAUAAGCUAAUGCACGCGAAGUUUUCAAUCAGCUUAGUUAGGUCGCUGAUCACUCGUGUCGUCGUACAAUUUCGUUUGUAAGUUUCAUCGUCUUGAAAUAUUUUCGAGACCCUACUUUUCCUAUAUCAAAACCUCUAAAAUGUGUUUUCUCUUCAAAACCAAACAAAAAAAAAUAAAAAAUUCAAUUUAAGGAUGUUGGAAAGAUCCCACUGGGAACGUAGGCUAGAGUCAUUCAUCACAAUAAGGACCUUUACGUGCAUAUAUUGUUGUCUUAUUGAUACGACUCCGGGUCUAUAACCGAAUUAUUUACCAAAAUCGAGUGAAAUCAUAUACAUUCACAGUAACUACACAUAUACAUGUAUGACAUAUAAACGUUUACAAAAUUUACUAGACCAAAAAUUAAUUAUUUGUUGUUAAUAGUUAAAGAUUAAUUAAGCAUAAUUGUAACACUACAAUAAGUCAAGUCAACCUUAACGUUAACUAACUGUUCUCCCACAUAACAUUCAAAGUUGAACCGCUGUAUGUAUCGCAAAGAUAAAAUGGAAAACCCAACAAAACCCUAAACAAAGAGAGUAUUUAGAGUUUCGUCGAAUUAAUUGAUUGUUUAAGUUCUCUUUUGUAAAGAUGUCUAGAAUGCAUUGCGUUAAGGACUUAGGAGUACAUAAGAGUUGACCUUUAACGUUUCGUAGAGUUACUCGUACAAACAUACAAGUAUUUGUAUAUUUUAUUGAUAGAAGCUUUUAUUGCAAUAUUCUUGUUGAUCGAUAAAAUCAGAUUAUGUUUUUUGUAUUUUUAUGUAUGUUAUUCUAUGUAUUACCGACUAUUUUUACGUUUUUUCCUCAAUGAGUUCUUAUUUAUUAACUUACUUUUAUGUAUAUAACAUUAAGCGAUGAUUCGUUGCAAUUUGUGUCUGUAUCUGAUUAACCAGUGAACUAAUGGACUAACGCUGGCGAGAAUAUUUCCCCCGAAAUUAUUACAAUAAAUUGAAUCCCAUACAUAUCUGAUAGCGAAACAAAAUUAUUGGUUUGUACAUGAAGGAAACAACCAGAUCCACGUAUUCAUAAUCAAAAUUUGUCGAGACAUUUGUUAUAAAUAUAGUUAACUAUAUACAUAACAAAAUAUAUACACAUCUAUAUUAUACAAAAAUAAUAAACCUGAAAAAUCAAUAAAUCAAUUUAACACGA